AUGGCUACCUCUAAUACCACUCCACGCAUAAUCCAGCUGGCAGAAGCGAUCAGUGACUCGGUUGUAAAGCUCAAGGCAAUACUUGGGGAAGAUGGGCUACCGUCAUCGUUCUCUGAAGAGACGGAGCUGCCAGCUUUAUCACAGGAGGCCUCUGACCUCCGCGAUGCAGUCAUUGACGCAACCUCAGAUUUGCAGGAUCUCUUACUGGAUCCCCUGAAUUUGCUGACCAAGUAUGCUGCGCAUAAUAACAUGGUUAGCCUCCAAAUCAUAGCCCGGUCCAAGGUCGCCAACAUCGUCCCUGCGAGAGGACAAGUCGCUUUCGAAGACAUUUCGCAGCAGACGGGAUUGAGCGAUACAAUGACCAAGCGUCUCUUGCGACAUGCCAUGACAAUGCACAUAUUUCGGGAGCCAGUGCCGGGUAUGGUUGCUCACACGACGGCAUCCAAGGCCCUUCAGGUCGACCACUUGAAUGCGUGGCUCGACUGCGGUACUCACGAGAUGUGGCCAGCUGCCGUACGGAUGAUAGAUGCGGCAUCGCAAUGGCCCGAUUCACAGGAGCCUCAUGAGACGGCCUAUGCUCUUGCCAACGGCACAAAUCAAUCGAUUUAUGACAUUGUCGGUACAAAUCCACUCAGAGCUCUGCGAUUUGCCGGCGCCAUGGAGGCCUUUGCCACCAGUCCUGCGUAUGACACGGACUACAUAGUCAACCAUUAUAAUUGGGCGGGACUUGGUGAUGCCCAUGUUGUUGAUCUCGGGGGCGCCCAGGGUCAUGUAGCUUUGGACAUCGCCCGUCGAUUCCCGGGACUGAAGUUCACCGUGCAGGACAUGGGGCAGGUCAUCGCCGGCGCCGAGGCUAAAGUCCCGGAAGAGCUGAAAAAGCGCAUCAGUUUCAUGGAGCACGACCUAUUCGCACCACAGCCAGUUCAAGCUGACGUGUACUACAUUCGGUGGGUCCUACACAACUGGCCCGACAAGCCCGCGGUAGCAAUCCUGCGGGCACAGAUCCCGAUGUUGAGACACGGCACAAGAAUAAUCAUCAACGAAACUUGCAUGCCCGAGCCAGGAACCAUUCCUUUGUGGCGAGAAAGAAAUCUCAGAGCGGCGGACCUGAACAUGGGCGCUGUCUUCAACGCGCGGGAGAGGACGGUAGAGGAAUGGCGCUCCUUACUUAAUGAGGCGGACCCAAGGUUCUCACUGGAGAACGCAGUCCAGCCCAAGGGCUCUGCCCUGUCCAUCCUUGACGUUGUAUGGAAUGACACUCGUUAG